AUGAUUGUGCAGGGCGGGCCCCCGGGUCGGGCCCCCGGCCCCCGGCCCUCCCCACCCCCACUCCCGGGCAUCCANGCGCGCGCGCCGGGGAUCCCCCCGAGGAGCCCGCGGCUCCCCGAGGACGGCCGCAGUCCUCAGACCCUUCUGAGGCGCAAGGCAGGCGACUCGUGGUCCGAGGGCUCCUCGGGCCGCCAGCAAGACAGCAGGCUGGAGGGCAGCGAGGAGGACUGGGCCGUGCGGGUGAGGGCCUGGCUGGGCCUCCUCCCCGGGCAGGUGCAGGAGGAGCAGGCGCCCGGCCCGGAGCCGCCAGGAGGCUCCGCGGGCAUCCCCAGAGCCAGCCCUGUCCGGGCGUCAAGGAAAAGCACCGGGCCCCCCAUCCCGCUCGUGCCCAGGGUCGAAGAGAGACCCGGGUCGCGAUGUCAGUCUCGAGGGAGCAGCAGUGGGGUCACCAUGCUGCCUCUGAGCACCAUCGGGGGCCGGGGAAGGGAGGAGGUGCAGACCAGGCCUCCGCAGAGAAGAGCCCUGCCUUUUGAGAGCACUACUGGUCAGCGAAGCGAGCCCGCCAGAAAGAAUGCAAGAGUGUCAGCCAAACGGGUGCCAACGUGCCCCAUGCCGGGUUUUUGCUUCACCUUCUACAUGGAUUCGAACGACUCCGAGUUCCAUUCGCAACCUUCUCCGGGCAGUUCGCGAGCUGGCUCCAAGUACACCUCCCCUUCGAAGCCUCGCGCGAAGUAUCGGGAGAUCCAGGCCUGGGAGUGCCCCCUGUGCUGCCUCAGCGUCCUCUACAUCUCCUGAAUCCUGAGGGCCCCCGGCCCCCCGCUCCGGCCCCCCGCGCGCCCCCCAAACAUGCAUGCUGGGCUUCUGUGAUGUGAAGCCCCCAACAUGGCGGCUUCAAUAAACCCAACUUGCUGUCUCCCCCAA